AUGAGUGUGAGUUCGAGUAGCCAUACGAAGAGCGUACCAGAAACUGUAGAUACGGAGUCCACAGAAGAACCUUUGAUUCAAGACCGUUGGACGAACAAUAUCAGCUAUCGACAGCUGGUGAUGUCUUCAUGCAUCAGUAUAGUACAAUUCUGGUGGCAUCCAUAUGUACAUGAUUUUCGAAGACUAGUCCCGUUUCUUUUCCUAUACAAUGUCUUUAGUGUAUUCUUUGCCUAUCCAUCGUUUUACUUGGAGUUGGCUUUGGGAGUGGUUACGAAGAAAGGAGUACUUAAUUGUUGGGAUUUGGCUCCUGUGGCAAGGGGUGUCGGCAUAUCGAUGCUCUUAACAUGCAUGUUCACGGUUCUAUCGCUGGGUGCGGUCAGUGCCUGGUGUUUAGCUCUGGUAGUCCACUCCAUACACUCGUUCCUACCCUGGCUUCAUUGUGCCGCGUCCGCACACCCGCCCUGUGCGGCCAGACAUAGACCCUUGCCUACGGGAAGUGAAACACCUGCACAGUCGUUCUUUUUCGCAGUGGGUGUGAUUAGGCUGAAGGGAUCUUCUCGAAUGUUCCAUGAAUGUGAUUGGAGUUUACUGUUAGAUGGUUUUCAGAUUUGGAGAGAAGCAGUAGAAUAUUCGUUUCUCCAAAUGGCCUUAUCUCAAGGCACGUUAGUGAUGUUGGGUUCUUAUUGUCCUAAAGGGAAGCACACGCUAGAGAACACGUCGGUUUUUGCUUUCGCAGUAUCUAAGCUCAGUUACACUGUCAGUGCACUCACGCUUGGCGCUUGUCAUGGGGCUUUAUACAAAGAUUAUGAUAACAGUACUAAUAUUUGGAAAGGUCCGACGUCGUCUAUGAUAUUGUGGGCAGAUUACGUUUCGAGAAUGCCCGGCAGCCAGUUCUGGUCGGCUAUUGUAUUUUUCACUCUCUUUGUACUUUCUACUUCAUAUACGGCGUUACUUGUACAAACAAUCAUGUCAACGUUCACUGGACGUUCAAUAAGAAAAAUUACAUGGGCUUUCCUCAUCUUGGUCUGCGUAUUGUUUUGUUUGAUAGGAAUUAUUACUCUCUGUACGCAGGGAGGAAUGUAUAUACUCAACUUUCUUAUGACAUGGCCGGUAUCUAAGCCUCGGAUACCGAUAGCGGCCGCUAUCACUAUAAUAAUCACCUAUCUGUACGGACAGACGACGUUCUGCGAAGAUGUCUUCUUCGCAGUGGGGGAAUACCCUAGUGUCUUCUUGAGGAUUUGUUGGGCAUUCACGCCUAUUACGCUGGUGGUUCACUUUAUAACGAGCACGGCGUCAUCGCAGACAGAUACGGUGGCAGGCUGGGUUUUAGUCAUGGUCACUUUGCUGCCAAUGGCCAUUUAUUCUUCAUUUUAUCUAAUCUUUAAAUUUCGAGUUCGGAAUAUCGUUGGGAAUGAAAAA